CACAAAUGUCCAUGUGUGUCAUUGCCCUUAAUAGGAGAUGUAACUGUUCAAUUUUAUUACGUUUUAUUGGAAUAAGAACAAAAAAAACCCUUCCACAUUUUUUAAGUAUUUGUCUAAUUUUGCAAUUAUGCUCAACUAUACAGUUACUUCUUAAUUUAAGAUGCAUCCAGACUUGUCAUCGCACCUGCACACCGAUGAGUGCAAUGUGGCAAUAAACCUUCUGAAAAAGUGUCACAGUGAGAAUCAGUUUCUAAAGUACUUUGGUCAGUGUAAUGACUUUGAUCGAGAGAUGCGGAAAUGUUUGAAGAAAGAGUAUGAGGACAGAAGAGCUAAAAGUCGUGCCAGAUCAGAGCACAUGAAACAGAGACUUCUAAAUGCUGAGAAACAAGCCGACAACUGAAGAUUGUCUCCAGGAUACAGCCACAUCCCAUGGACACUUGCCAAGCCUUCAGAUGGCAUUUAGACAUCGACUGUGAACAAAUUAUAUUUAUUGAACUGUUACUAUAGGAAGUUUGUUUUAUUAUUGAAAGUGCAUUUCUAAUAUCUAAAAGUCACAUUUUAUUGAAUGCAUUUAAACAUAAAUAAAAGCAAACCCUUUUCCUAUAUAAGGUCAUUCCAGUUGUUGGCUUUGACUAACCUGAAAGGCAUUAUGUCCCAGAUGGAUUCAUUGGCACCAACCUCUGCUUUUAGUGCAUGCCCCUUACAUCAGAAAUGGGGUAGGCCUGACCCUUUCUAGCUUUACACAUAUGUAUCAUCCACAUCUGAAGAACUCACCAAAGUAGCGCAGGGGGUGCUACUGCAAUUCAUGUUAAGCAAAAUUCCCAGCAUCCUUGGCCAGCUAACAGAUUGACUUCCCUGUAGUAGGGCACCAUGCCGAAUAACUUGUGAACAUGUAACACAGACCAUUCUCAACAGUUUUUUGGCUAACUUACAAAUAAAAUUGCCUUUGGAUUUUA